AUGCCUCCCUGGAUCGGACUUCUGGUGCUGGCGCUGGCCUUCGAGCAAGGCAGGACGCAGGCUGCGCAGGGUGAGGAAUGCGCGAUGAUGCAGACACGACCGGCUGCCAAGCCUGAGGAGCAGCCGGGGGAUCGAUUCAACAACGAGCCUGGAGAUGACAAGAUCUCGAAAGCUGCUUGGGGCAAGGCCCUUGAGUCUUGGGAGCGAGCUGGAGAAGUGGACCACGUCCGACACGGAAUGGACUUCGAACCAGCACUGGCACCUGAUGCAGGGCCUUUUCAAGAGGAGGCCAUGAAGUCGAAGAUCGCCGAAGUAAGACAAGCACAGGAAGAGUUCAUUCGGGCUACAGACAUGUGGAGACGUGCCGGGGAGGUGACCAAGGACGAAACGCAUUAA